CGGUCACACUGGUCACACUGCUCCAUCUCACUUUUUUCGUGAACAAAAUUUGAAGUGAAAAAAAAUAACAGUAGAAAGAACUACGAACUAUUAAGAUAAAGGAAAUUCCAAGGAGAGCUGUACAAUGUUCAACGGUUCAUCACAUCCACAUUCAAAGUAACCAACAAGCACUAUCGCUCUCUAACGCACACACAUACGAACAGAUUCAAAGUUCAAUCAGCAUCCGAAGGUGAUUCAGCCGAAAGACCAACAUUCUUGAACCAUGUCGUGGCUGGCUUUUGGAGCGAUUGCUUCCGGCUUUGUUCUUCAGCGCCUGCUAGGGGGAGACCAGCCACCAAACAAGGUUUUGGAAAUAAAGAGCGAAUCCCUAGGAACCCUCCAGGUGCUAGCUCGCGAUGAUGCCAUGAUGCUCUUUGCGCCGCCUUACAACAGCAAUGAAAAGCGCCCCGUCUACGAGAUUGUUCUUCAGCGUCUAACCUCAGACUCGAACACGUCAUCCUUCAGUCUGUAUCGGUCCCCGCAGCAGCAGGAGGCCGCGGAGAAAUUCAAUGCUUUCCAGCAACGUCUUCCCGUUUUUGUCAGCAUGGUCAAGGAGUUCUACAAUGUAAAUGGCCUGCAGAAGGCCUGCGAUGUUCUUACGGAGAAUCCGUCUUGGACGCUCGCUCAUCUGGUGGCGUACUUCAAUUUGGUGGAAUAUAUCAGCAACCCCAAAGUUCUGCAGUGCGUGGACCAAGCCGAUCACACCUCCCUCAUGUCGCCCUUCCAGCUGGCCAUCAAGCAGGGCCACAUGGAGAUGGUCAAGACAUUGCUGCCGCUAAGCAAACUGGAGCACCUGGACAUUAACAGCAAUUCGGUGUUCCACUAUGCAGCCAGCACCACCAAGGAGAUCAUCAAUCUCCUCACCGACAAGAGCACCGUGAACCUGAACCACCUCAAUUCGGAUGGGUACACGCCGUUGCAUGUGGCCUGCGUCACGGACAAGCCGGAGUGUGUGAAGGCUCUGCUCCUGGCCGGUGCCGAUGUCAACCUAAACGCCAAAAACAUCACCAAGCUGCACAAGAGCUCGACACCCACCUCGGUGGCCUCUUUUCUGCGCACCAACGUGAGCAAGCUCUACACACAGGACAUGAAGUACGGCGGCACACCGCUGCACUGGUGCUCCUCACGCGAAACCCUGCACGCCCUCAUCAUGGAGGGGUGUGACGUCAACUCCACGAACUUCGAUGGCCGCACUGCCCUGCACGUGAUGGUGGCCAGGAAUCGCUUCGAGUGCGUCGUCACGCUGCUCGCCCAUGAUGCAGACAUUGAUGUGUUGGACAAAGAAGGCAACUCGGCCCUGCAUAUUGCCAUCGAAAAGAAGCUGGUGCCGAUCGUCCAGUGCCUGGUGGUGUUUGGAUGCGACAUCAAUCUAAAGAACAAGGAUGGCAAGACCCCGCGCCACAUGGUCGGCAACGACGCCAGUGGCAACAAGGAGGACGAGAUACUCUACAUACUCCAUUCGGUGGGCGCCAAACGCUGUACCGAAUCGGGCUCUAAAUGUCCGCCCGGCUGCAAUGGCAAGGGCACCUACAACGGCAUACCGCCAGAGGCGCCCGAAUCUGUGGAGCAGCGUGAACAUAUCGAGAAUAUGCUGGCUACCACUAGCCGCCAAAUGGUUGGCAAUUUCCUGGGCGCAGCGGCCAAUGGCUUGAUGGAAAAGCAGCCGCCUCCACAGGUGCCAGUGGUAGUCGAUACGGAGAAGGAAUUAAAGGGUCAGAGCAUCAUGGACGCCUUGCUGGGCAUGUUCACCACUAAAGUGAACGCCGACGAGGUGAAAAAGGACACUUCGUCAGGCAGUUUGGCGAAUAAAGCGGCCACACCACCUUCUAGCCCAGAGCAGCUGCCAUCUCCGACGUCGCCAAUUGCGGCGGAGGUGGGCGAUAAGCCCUAUGGACGCGGACGUCUGUUGUGCCUGGAUGGCGGCGGUAUUCGUGGCCUGGUCCUGGUCCAAAUGCUCCUCGAAAUCGAGAAACUUUCGCGCACCCCCAUCAUACAUAUGUUCGACUGGAUUGCCGGCACAAGCACGGGCGGUAUCCUGGCGCUGGGCUUGGGCUGCGGCAAGACAAUGCGCCAGUGCAUGGGUCUUUAUCUGCGCAUGAAGGAGCAGUGCUUUGUGGGCUCCCGACCCUACGCCAGUGAGUACUUCGAGACCAUACUGAAGGAUAAUCUCGGCGAAUUUAAUGUAAUGACGGAUAUCAAGCAUCCAAAGAUUAUGGUCACCGGUGUGAUGGCGGAUCGGAAGCCCGUCGAUUUACAUCUCUUCCGCAACUAUACCAGUGCCAGCGACAUCCUGGGGAUAGUCACAUCCAUAACCAACCGUCGCAUUCCACCGCCGCCGCCGCACGAACAGUUGGUGUGGCGCGCAGCACGAGCUACUGGAGCGGCUCCGUCAUACUUCCGCGCAUUCGGACGCUUCCUAGAUGGCGGCCUCAUUGCCAACAAUCCCACGCUGGAUGCCAUGACCGAAAUACACGAAUACAACAUGGCAUUGCGCAGCUCGGGCCGUGAGGCGGAGGCCAUACCCGUUUCCGCUGUGGUCUCACUGGGUACGGGACACAUACCCGUCACCGAACUCAAGGACAUCGAUGUGUUCCGACCGGAGAGCAUUUGGGACACCGCCAAGCUAGCCUAUGGCAUUUCCACAAUUGGCAAUCUACUUGUGGACCAAGCCACCUGCUCCGAUGGACGGGUUGUAGAUCGAGCCCGCGCCUGGUGUAGCACCAUCGGCAUACCCUACUUCCGGUUCAACCCGCAGCUGAGCGAGGAUAUUGCCAUGGACGAGAAGGAUGACCAGAAACUGAUCAACAUGCUGUGGCACACCAAGGCCUACAUGCACGCCAACCGCAACAAGAUCAUAGAAAUGAUAAACUUUCUAAAAUAGCGCGCAAGACGGAUUUAGACCGCACCCCAGCUCUAGACAUCUAUUGUGUGGCUAGAUCAAACUGUUUCCACUGUUCUCUCUGUGUAUUGUAAUGUUGUUUCCGAGCCUUUUUUGCGUUCUAGCACUUUUUCGCGGUCUAAAUCAACGCCCACCACACACC